GUGCUGCCCCACCGCAGCGUCUCGACUGGUCCCCUCCUUCCUCUUCUCUUCCUCUUCCUCUCACAUCCCGGACAAAUCCAAUCCGAAAUCAUCUCCCCCUCGCCUCGCCUAGAAGAGGAAGGAAGAACAGAGAUAAGCGACAACGCGUCCCUCCUCGCCUUCCUCCCGCCUCGAGCUCUUCCCGGAGCAACCGGAGCCACAGACGUCAGGACAGCCUAGCGCGUUCCACGCCGGUAUGCAGAACCAGAUCAUGUGCCAUGCUUGCCGGACCCUUCUGCUCUACCCGCGUGGCGCGUCCAGCGUCUGCUGCGCGGUUUGCCAGGCCAUCACCACCGUGCCGCCACCAGGAUUGGAGAUGGCUCAGCUUAUAUGUGGUGGCUGUCGAACUUUGCUGAUGUAUACUCGCAGUGCAGACACCGUAAGGUGUUCAUGUUGCAACACAGUGAACCUUGUUAGACCAGUGAAUAAUAUAGCUCAUGUGAACUGCGGCCAGUGCCGGACAACUUUGAUGUAUCCAUACGGCGCACCUUCAGUAAAAUGUGCCGUGUGCAAUUAUGUCACAGCUACUGGAGUAAAUACUGUGGCACCCACCCCAUCUGCGAGGCCAACAUCAGAUGGGUCUUCAUAUAGUGGCUCAUCUACUUCUGCUCCUAAAUCUCAAUCUCAGAAUGUAACUGUUGUUGUUGAGAACCCUAUGACAGUUGAUGACAAGGGAAAACUUGUCAGCAGCGUUGUAGUUGGAGUCACAGCUGGGAAAGAGUGAUUUUAUUGACACUUCGUACAUCAUUGUUGUGUUUUCUAUACACGAAGUUGGAAAAUACCAUGUAGCAUCCAAUGAUGGGUUGCUUGGACUUCCUUGAAGAACAGAGAUACACCACGAAAUAUUUGUAGGACCUUCCUAAUGAAACCAUGGUCGGACGUUGUGUAUUGAUUCUUUUGUGUGUAUAAUAUGAGCUCCGUUAGACUUGUGUAAUCAGAUAUUUGGGGGAAAUACAGCAUAGUUUCGCUGUACGUGCAUUGUUACACAAUUUGUUUGUUUGUUAGUUUGUGCUGUCUUGGUUGU